AACUCCAGCAAGGGGCAAAGUCCAUUCCAUGACUCCAGGAGUCCACCCCUGAAACACCUGGGACGAUGGAGGGUCCCCCUCUUCUCAAGUCUUGCUAGGCCAGACCAGUAACUACAUCAAGGACUCCUCAAAGACCUGGGAAGAGAGCACGUGCCCAGUCCCACCUGCUUUCCAUCAACCGUUCCGUCAUCCUGCAAGGACAGCAAAUGCUGCCCCUUAGGAAAAAUGAGAGUGAACACCAGUGAAGAGCUGGCAGACGUGACUCAAAUUCUCCCAAGGAUCAGGAGACCCAAUUUCUGAGAACAGAAGACUCCCGGAAAAACAGUACAACCAGCGUCUCUCCACCAUGGGACAGAGCUGCCAGCGAGGACAGGCCAUAGAUGUCGAACCACGAAUACGACCCCCCCUCACAGAAAGUAAGAUUGAUAAGUAUCUGUAUGCCAUGCGGCUCUCCGAUGAAAUUCUGAUAGAUAUCCUGACACGCUUCAAGAAAGAAAUGAAGAAUGGCCUUUCCCGGGAUUAUAAUCCAACAGCCUCGGUCAAGAUGUUGCCGACCUUUGUAAGGUCCAUCCCUGAUGGUUCAGAGAAGGGGGAUUUCAUCGCCCUGGAUCUUGGCGGGUCUUCCUUUCGAAUCCUACGGGUGCAGGUGAAUCACGAGAGGAACCAGAAUGUCCACAUGGAGUCUGAGGCCUACGAAACCCCAGAGAACAUCGUGCAUGGCAGUGGAAGCCAGCUCUUUGAUCAUGUUGCUGAGUGCCUGGGGGACUUCAUGGAGAAAAGGAAGAUCAAGGACAAGAAAUUACCUGUGGGAUUCACGUUUUCUUUCCCCUGCCGGCAAUCCAAAAUAGACGAGGCUGUCCUGAUCACGUGGACAAAGAAGUUCAAAGCCAGUGGUGUGGAAGGAACAGAUGUGGUCAAGCUGCUGAAUAAAGCCAUUAAGAAGCGAGGGGACUAUGACGCUAACAUUGUGGCUGUGGUGAAUGACACAGUGGGGACCAUGAUGACCUGCGGCUACGAUGACCAACAGUGUGAAGUUGGCCUGAUCAUUGGCACUGGCUCCAACGCUUGCUACAUGGAGGAGCUGCGACACAUCGACCUGGUGGAAGGGGACGAGGGAAGGAUGUGCAUCAACACGGAGUGGGGGGCCUUCGGGGAUGACGGGUCCCUGGAAGACAUCCGAACCGAGUUUGACAGAGAGUUAGACCGGGGAUCCCUCAACCCUGGGAAGCAGUUGUUCGAGAAGAUGGUCAGUGGCUUGUACAUGGGGGAGCUGGUCCGGCUGAUCCUGGUGAAGAUGGCCAAGGAAGGCCUCUUAUUUGAAGGGCGCAUCACUCCAGAACUGCUCACGAGGGGCAAGUUCAACACUAGUGACGUGUCAGCCAUUGAAAAGAAUAAGGAAGGCAUUCAAAAUGCCAAGGAAAUCUUAACCCGCUUGGGAGUGGAGCCGUCUGACGAUGACUGUGUUUCGGUCCAGCACGUAUGCACCAUCGUCUCCUUUCGUUCCGCCAACCUAGUGGCUGCCACGCUCGGGGCCAUCUUGAACCGCCUGCGCGACAACAAGGGUACCGCCAGGCUUCGGACCACGGUCGGUGUGGAUGGUUCUCUCUACAAGACGCAUCCACAGUAUUCCCGGCGCUUCCACAAGACCCUGAGGCGCCUGGUGCCCGACUGCGAUGUGCGUUUCCUCCUCUCUGAGAGCGGCAGUGGCAAGGGGGCUGCCAUGGUGACCGCAGUGGCCUACCGCCUGGCCGAGCAGCACCGGCAGAUCGAGGAGACCCUGGCCCACUUCCGCCUCAGCAAGCAGACGCUGAUGGAGGUGAAGAAGAGGAUGCGGGCUGAGAUGGAAAUGGGGCUGAGGAAGGAGACGAACCCCAGGGCUACCGUCAAGAUGCUGCCUUCUUUUGUCCGGAGCAUCCCAGACGGGUCUGAGAAUGGCGACUUCUUGGCCUUGGAUCUUGGAGGAACAAAUUUCCGCGUCCUGCUGGUGAAGAUCCGUAGUGGGAAAAAGAGAACGGUGGAAAUGCACAACAAGAUCUACUCCAUCCCUGUGGAAGUCAUGCAGGGCACUGGGGAAGAGCUCUUCGACCACAUCGUCUCCUGCAUCUCCGACUUCCUGGACUACAUGGGCAUCAAAGGCCCCCGGAUGCCUCUGGGCUUCACCUUCUCAUUUCCCUGCAACCAGACAAGCCUGGAUUGUGGAAUCUUGAUCACCUGGACAAAGGGUUUCAAGGCCACUGACUGCGUGGGCCAUGAUGUAGUCACUUUACUGAAGGAUGCAGUAAAAAGGAGAGAGGAAUUUGACCUGGAUGUGGUGGCUAUUGUCAACGACACUGUGGGCACCAUGAUGACCUGUGCAUAUGAGGAGCCCACUUGUGAAGUUGGACUCAUCGUAGGGACCGGCAGCAAUGCCUGCUACAUGGAGGAGAUGAGGAACAUCGAGCUGGUGGAGGGGAACCAGGGGCAGAUGUGCAUCAACAUGGAGUGGGGUGCCUUUGGCGACAACGGGUGUCUGGAUGACAUUAGGACUGACUAUGACCGAGUGGUGGACGAAUAUUCCCUUAACUCUGGGAAACAAAGGUUUGAAAAGAUGAUCAGUGGGAUGUACCUGGGUGAGAUCGUCCGUAACAUCCUGAUCGACUUCACCAAGAAAGGCUUCCUCUUCCGGGGACAAAUCUCUGAGCCACUCAAGACGAGAGGCAUCUUUGAGACCAAGUUUCUCUCUCAGAUUGAGAGUGACCGGUUAGCGCUGCUCCAGGUCCGGGCCAUCCUUCAGCAACUGGGUCUGAACAGCACGUGUGACGACAGUAUCUUGGUCAAGACCGUGUGUGGGGUGGUGUCCAAGAGGGCCGCUCAGCUCUGUGGUGCUGGCAUGGCGGCCGUGGUGGAGAAGAUUAGAGAGAACAGAGGACUAGACCAUCUGAAUGUGACGGUGGGAGUGGACGGGACGCUCUACAAACUUCAUCCACACUUCUCCAGAGUCAUGCACCAAACCGUGAAGGAACUGUCACCGAAGUGUACCGUGUCCUUCCUCCUGUCCGAAGACGGCAGCGGCAAAGGGGCCGCCCUUAUCACAGCUGUGGGCGUGCGGCUCAGAGGAGACACUGUGAACGCCUAAAAGAGCCAGGGUCCUCCCAGCCCCCAGCCCGCCACCCUUCCAGCACUCCCCUCUAGAACCGAUGACCCGCAUUCCACCCAGCAAGCCUCGCUGGGAGACCCAGCACCGGAGCCCACGACGAUAAUGACGACGACGCAGCAGAGGAAGGGGGCCGCAGUAACAGAGCAUAACGUAGACUACCAACACAGAGUGCGUGGUGCUGUUGAUGAUGUCUCGCCUGGACCCCUCAACCCCCACCCCGCCACUCUGCAUGAUUCAAGUUCGACCUGGCCAUGCUUUUUGCCCAUGCGUGAAUGUAACGGCACCAAGUCAACGGCAGACGUCCAGCCGGGAAGGAGUCUCCCCUCCCUUGGACCCACCUUCUGGGCCUUCCAAGCCCAUCCUUGGAGUCACCUCUUCCCCCUCCCCCGUGUGAAGUGUUUUAUCACCAGCAGACACUGCCGGACUCCUGCCCGCAGGGGCAUGGCCUGAAGGGCGAGUGUGGACGGGAUGCUGCUCCUCUCCUUCCUCUCCCAGCACCCGCUGCGGCCUGCCAUCCCGUCUGGAUGUAUCGAUGCCACUGAACUGUGUGUCCGUGGAACCAGUCCUAGCCACAUUAUGACAGUCUUGCAUUUUGUUUGUCUGGUGGUGGUGGUGGUGGUGGUGGUGGUGGUGGUGGUGGUGGUGUAGGUGGGCAGUCCUGUGGGGAAAACAUCUUGUCUCCAUCUUGAUAGAAGGAACCAACCCACAAAACAACGCCAUCACUGGAAUCUCCCAUCGCUUUAGUGAGCCUUGUCGUACGACUAGUAAACUUUGUACUGAUUCAAA